CUGCAUUUUACAGAAGGGUUGGAAAAAAACAAACACACUGGACAAAACAAAUUGUAGAGGCAUAACAUUACAAUCCAAAACACUGUUCCUAAAAUACAGCCUAACAAAUUAUUAUAAAACAUGUUAGGAAAGGAGCUAUCCUCUAGUGUGGAUGGUGUGGUUGACAACAUUGGAAAUCUGCCUCUAGAUCUGUUUGCAGAAACACUUCAGGAAAUUCUUGUUCAUCUUCAGGAACAAAGAGUGGUAGAUUUUAUUGAAACCUGGGAUAAAUUUCAGAGAUCUGGGAUAAACCUCGAUCAACAAGCCGUUCAAGAUAUAGUAAGACUGAUGUCAUUUCAUUUUAGGUUAGCUGCUAAAAGCAAUCUCAGUGCAGAUGUCUUGAUCAGUAAACUGACUGAGAGUAGCAGGAAAUGGUCCAAACCAAUGCUUCAGCUAGUGCAGCGGCUCUGGAUUGAGCAUGGAGCUCUUCUACAUGCACAUCAGGAAAGUCUGAGCAUUGCUAGUAUUGGACAGCUUGUUGAUAUGCAGUGGAAACUUGGAAUGGCGGUAAGCUCAGAUAGCUGCCGAUCCCUUAACUCCCCCUUUAUCUCUGUUCUGCUGAAAUAUAUGGAUACGUCAGGGGAGAUGUCAUAUAAAUCCUUUGAGAUGACAGUUCAGCAGUUCCAGAACUUCUACAGACAGUUCAAGGAAAUGUCCUCAGUUUUAGAGACUGUUUAAUAUAUUGCCAAAUUUUUGUCACACACUAGACAUUCACAUUUCAGUACUUUUUUACCAAUGCACUUCAUAUAUUCUUUAUUGAACUUUGCACAAGGUGACUGUUUAGUUUUCUGUGCACUAUAGCCAAUUAAACGUCUUAUGUAUCCAUAGUUCAAACAUGACACACCCUGCAUUGCAUUGCUAUAAUAUUAUCAACUAUUCAAUCAAUGUAAACUCACAAAAGGCAUAAACAAAACACACACUCAAGAUGCUUUUAAGAAACAUAAGUUGAUAACAUUAACCUUAUUAAAAUCUUUCACCGUUACAGUAACUAAAUGGUUAAGAUUCUUGUUUUAUUCAAAUUAAUAAUUGUGUUUUUUACAUUGAAAUAAAUGAAGUUGUUUUCCCCUC